AUGAUUUCCACAAGAUCGAAGACGGGAGUACUGCCCACCUUCACGGCCUACCUUAAAGGGAGCGCCGGAGACCGGGUAAAGAUAGUCGGAUUAAUUGACUCUGGGAGCAAGAGAACGUUCGUCCGCCAGGACACGGCGACCAGGGUCGGAGCUGAAAAGAUAAGGGCUGAAUACCUGGCGGUCAACGGGUUCGGAGACCAGAACAAUGCGGGCAAAUACCAUGCAGUGUUCGGACUCAAACUCGCGGGACUUAGCCAGGAUGCCCCAGAGAUUAAGAUUGAAGCGAUUGCGAGGAAGUUUCUCGCAAACGCAAAGAAAGUCACCCCGACGGAUUUCUCGAAAAGCCUGAUAGGCGAGGGGAAGGACUUAGCCGAUGAUCGGUACAUCACUGGUCAACAAGGCAACCAGUUCGAUAUCAUCGUCGACUGCGAUUUCAUCUGGUCGAUAAUGCAGCACAAGACCAUCCCAGGCGCAAAUGGGCUAGUCGCAUGUGCAAGCAAAGUUGGCUGGCUGAUCUUCGGUACGAUGGAUGAAAGAAAUAAAGCGGAAGAACAAGUGUUAACCGCAGCAAUAAACGUGCAAAAACCGAUGACGGACUUCAAAGAAUUUUGGAGUCUAGAACACAUGGGGAUAACCCCACAAGAAAAAGCAGAACCCGCAUUUUUGGAGGCCUAUCAGGAGACGAUUCUGCGGGCGGAGGAUGGGCGAUACAUGGUGUUGUUCCCCAUCAAGACCGGCCAUCGCAGGAUCGAAUCCAACCGGAACAUCGCUAUGAUACGGCUGCAAGGGCUGCUGGGCAAGACCCAAUUGGAAGAUAAGCUGAAAUACCACGAGAUAUUUCAGCAAUAUAUCAGAGACGGAUUCAUCGAAGAAGCCGACCGAGGAUUCAUUGGUGACUGCACCUACUUACCUCACCGCCCGGUGAUUAAAAAUCGGAUAGCCUGGACCGCCGAUAUAACUCAGGCGUUUCUCCAAGUCGAGAUCCGCCCGGAGCACGGGCAAUUGAUAAGGUUCAUCUGGGUCGAUGAUCCUAAAAAAUCCCAGCCUAAACUCAUCGAGUAUCGAUGGAAAAGAGUACCGUUCGGGUUGUCAUGCAGCCCGUUCAUUCUCAAGGCUGUUAUCCUCAAACACCUGAAAGGGUUUGAAGGAAUAUACCCCGAGACAGUGCGGCAGCUACAACAGCUGUUGUACGUCGACGACUGGCUAGGAGGGGAGACAAAUGUUGAUGAAGCGGAGAAGCGUAUUCGCGAAGCGAUUACGAUCUUCAAAGCCGCAAAGAUGGAGCUGUGCAAAUGGACCUCCAACAGUGCAGAGUUGAUUAAGAGACUGCCGGAGGUCCAGUUCAAAGAGACGGUCACAAACGUGACAGCAGAGGGCAAGUCAGCAACAAAAGCCUUUGGAGUGAUCUGGGAUCCUGCUUCGGACAAAUUCAGGUUUGAUCCGGCGCAGGUACUCAGAGAAGCCCGCGAAAUUGGUGACAGACCCACCAAACGGAAGCUUUUCAGCCUGGCACUGAAAAUCUUUGACCCUUUGGGUCUCAUCGCUCCGGUGACGUUGGUGGGGAAACUCAUCAUGCAACAGGUGUGGUUGGCGGGCUCAGGAUGGGACGAGCCCAUUCCAAUCGAGGUGAUACCUCAUUGGAAAACAUUUAUAGACGGAAUAACCGAGCUGAGGAAUACCUGUCAGCCCCGAUGGUCGGGAGAACAUGAAGGGAGACUUCAUCUUUUUUGCAACGCAAGUAAUGACGCCUAUAGUGUGGUGGCAUACCUGCAGAGAAUCGAUGGGGAAGACCCAGUGAUGCUGUGCAGCAAAACGAGAGUAGCGCCGGACCCCAAGAAAUCAGUCUCGAUCCCGAGGCUGGAGCUUCUGAGUGGGCUACUGGCUGCGAGGCUCGGGAGCUACGUCGAGAAAGCGACGGAAACAGCUAUCAAAAGAAAACUUCUGUGGACCGACUCAGCGAUAGCCUUCUGGUGGAUGAAAGGCGAGGCUGGUCGGUGGAAGCAGUUUGUUUACAAUAGGGUGACAGAGAUAAGACGGACAGUGGAAACUGAAGAGAUCAGGCACUGCCCAGGGUUACAAAACCCGGCGGACGUAGCAUCCAGAGGGGCUACGGCAGCACAGUUAAACGCACAAAAGAGAUGGUGGAUUGGCCCAUCUUGGAUGGGGAAAGAGAAGGAAUGGCCCCAGUCACCAAGCUCAGCGACCGAGCUCCAAUUACAGGAGUUCUCGGUCGAAGAAAAGACAGUCGAAGUAACGCAAUGCGCGAUAUCAAUCGAGGCGAAGUGGUACGAAAGAUUCAGCUCCAUGCGAACCAUGGUAAGGGUCUUGGCCACUAUGCUAAGAGCGAUAAAAAAGUUCAAAGGCAAAGAUAAUCCGGAAAGCCCGGUUGCAACGGUCAGACAUCGGGGAAGGAAGUUGAAAUUCCCCGUGUUGACAACAGAGGAGACUCGAGAGGCAACGAUUGAGCUCUACAAAGAAGCCCAGGCGACUCACUACGGAGCAGUGGUGAAGAGCUUUAAAGCUGGGAAAACAGAAGUCCCACAUGAGUUGAGGAAACUCGGCCUCAUGUGGGACAGCAAAGACGAGUUGAUCAGGUGUCGAGGCCGGCAUCUAAAUUGGAUGGAAUACAAUAAAAAAGCAGCGCUCAUUCUGCUACCGGCUGAACACAUCAUAACCAAGAGACUGAUUGAACAAACGCAUCUUCGGUUGAAACAUACCGGAGUGAAAACCUUGAUGGGGGCACUCAGACAGGAUUUCUGGAUUCCGAAGAUGCGGCAGACCAUAAAAAAAGAGACAAGCAAGUGCACGAGAUGCCAGAGAAUGGACUCGAGACACUUCGAUGAGAUACCGGCGCCUCUACCGUUGGACCGCCUGCAAAUGUCGAAUCCGUUCACGAUAACGGGGGUAGAUUUCGCAGGCCCGUUCCCAGUGGAGUCGCCGGCAAAUAGCGGCCACAAGACGAAGGUAUUCGUGUGUCUCUUCACCUGCGCCGUAACAAGAGCUGUUCAUCUCGAAGUUACGACCGACCAGGAGAUCUCCACGUUUAUCUUCGCGCUUAGACGAUUCUUUGCACGGAGAGAGUACCCAAGGGCGCUUUACUCCGAUAACGCAGGAACGUUUACGUUGGCCGCUAAGUACCUCAGAGCAGCGUACAGAGACAGCAGGGUGUUUAACACCCUGGUUGAUCUCAACAUAAAGUGGAGAUUUUCCCCGAGUCUGGCCCCUUGGUGGGGCGGAUUCUGGGAAAGGAUGGUGCAGACCGUUAAACGGCUGCUGUAUAAAACAUACGGAAGCGAUUGUAUGGAAUACGAUCUAUUCCAGACGGUGUUGACGGAGAUCGAAGACACCAUCAACACCAGACCAUUGACAUACGUGGCAGAAGACGAUACGGAGCCGCUAACGCCCAAGCAAUUGGUCACAGGCUACCGGCAACAGCAGCAUCACCCGGACGAUGACGAGGAGAGAGAGUACUCGGACCGGGUGACACUGACAAAGAGAGAGAGGCUCAGGAGAAACCUGGUCGCUCAAUGGUGGAAAGAAUUCUACACGGAAUAUGUGAUGGAUCUGGAGCAGUUUCACUGUCCAACUCCAGGUCAUACGAAAGAAAUUGAGCUGGGACAAGUCGUGUUAAUUCACGACGAGUCAGCCAAAAGAACGAGAUGGAAGUCCGGGAGAGUAGUUAAACUAAUCCCCGGCAAAGAUGGAAAAACCAGGCGUGUGAACGUCCUGAUUGCAGAUAAAUUCAGAGGAAAAGGGUCGAUCAUGAUAACGAGAGACCCGAAGAGUUUAUAUCCGUUGGAGCUCCACGCGGGCCAGAUAGACGAUGACCAUCGGAACACAGGACCCUACGAAGACAGCACAUGCACAAGGAGUCAUUCAUAUGUCAGCAUGUCCGACUACGAAGAAUAUGAAUACGAUGAGAAUGUUGCUCGCAAUAUUAGCCCGGAAAGACAAAGCUCUCACGAAGGCAGUAAUGUUUCUUCUACAUUGGAGUCAAAUCAUGCAAGUGAUGAUGAAGAGAACAGCCAUAGUACUGUACAUAGGAAGAAAAGUGAUCAAGCUGGAUUUCAUAGUGGAAAGACUCGUGAUUAA